AUGGGUUUCAAAUUUGGCCGUGGAGGCCUUAUUUUGGUCAUGGUUGCUGCUUCAGUGGUGGGACCUAAAAGAAUCAUCGUUGGUGGAUCCCAAAACUGGCGUUUUGGCGUCAACUACACCGAUUGGUCACUCAAAAAUGCUCCCUUCUACCUCAACGACACUCUAGUGUUCAAAUAUGAUGCACCCAGCAAAAUCACGUUUCCUCACAAUGUCUACUUGCUACCCAACUUAAAAAGCUUCCUCAAUUGCGAUUUAAGGAGAGGCAAGGUAAUUGCCAACCCAACUCAAGGAAGCGGGAACGGGUUUGAGUUUGUGUUGAAGAAGAGGAAGCCUUACUACCUUGCUUGCGGCGAACGUAACGGCUUCCAUUGCAAGGUUGGACUCAUGAAAUUCGCCGUUGUGCCGAUGCGACGUCGGCACCACUGAUGAAUCACUUUAGGCCUCGGAAUUUCCAGGGAAGAUGCAGUGCAUGUGUUUUUGUGCUGAAUGUUGAGC